AUGGCGAGAUCUGCCAAAGUGCGCUAUCGCUCGCUACGUAGCUCGCUCGUCAAUCUUCCGCUGUCUAUCCAUGGCCCAUUGGUGUCCAGGGGCGUGGCGCCUCAAAACCUCGUCGUCGAACUCAGUUGGCGCAGCGAGACGACUCAGUCUAUCAACGAGCUCACAAGCAAAGUACCCAAAGUUCGAGCCUAUCUCGGCUGGACCGGUCUGUCUAGCUCGGUCACGUUUGCCUCGAAUGCUUCGACUUCGUCGUCUAGCAAUGACCUCAUCGAGCUCGACCCACAGCUCGGCAAGGAACUUGCGCUACCCGAAGGCACACAAGUCAGCAUUAGUCUAUUGACGACUCUAUCGACCGCACAAUCCAUUGGCAUCAGCCCGCUCACGCCUGAUGACUGGGAAAUCCUCGCUCUGCAUGCAGAGUCAAUCGAGACCUCUUUUCUCAAUCAAGUCAGGGCAGCUAGCCCAGGAGGCAUAGUCUGUGUAUGGCUCAAGGCGCUUCACGGCGCCGGAGCAAGCAACCGCACGCUGUUACGCUUCAAAGUUGACACCGUCGAGCCUGCGACAGACCGCGCUGUGAGGCUCUCAAAUGACACCGAAGUCGUCGUUGCGCCUAAAUUACGUGCACCUGAGCCGGUGCCGCUAGCUGCAUCGCAAUCAGAGGCCACUCCUGCGCGUCAAUCCGAUAGCGACAAAGCGCUUGCACUGAAACGGGCUACCUCGCAGCUAUUGCGCGUGCUGCCUUCAGAACUGGCUGGAUACUCGACACAAGAUGGCGAGCGCGAAGAUGAAGACGCGGCCUCACACGAGCGGACUGCCCUCGUUCAUCCUGCCCUUUUCAAAAAGUUGCUCUACGUCUUUCCCAGCACAAAGUGUGCUCUUCGCUUCGUGCCCCGGCCAAAGGCACCGUCAACACAGCAAACAGCUGCUUCUGCGUCUACCAGCUCUGCAGAGCAGCCCCAGCGGCCGCUGUUGCCCACGGCUGACAUUUUCUUAGCCGCUUCAACUAAGGUCCCACAGGACCAUAUUUGGCUGCCGCGUCCAGUGCAGACAGAGCUCGCCCUCGAUGAAAUCUGGUACCCCUUAGUGCGACUUCUCGCGCCAGCAGCCGCCACGCCUAGCCGAUCUGCAAAGGACGCCUCUGCAGCCAUGCUGAGCCCCUCAGCACAGCCCGUUACGCCAGGAGUGAAUGCGAACUCAGCAAAACAAUCCAAAAGUGUCCAGCUAUGCGGGGUCGAUGUCAUGUUGGACAAGGCCGUCCGCUUCGUCUUACACACCUUUGCGACUCGACAGGACGGAUCGCGGACUGCUGGCCUGCUUCUGACCGGCUCAUCAGGCGCAGGCAAGACUGUCAUCGCGCGAGAGCUUGCCAGACGACUCGAACGUGAUCCUAGCAUACUCGCCUCGACGAAAUAUGUCGAUUGCAGCAAGAUGGUCGAUGAGCGGUUGCAAGUCUUCAAAGACAAUCUGAACGAGUGGAUCGAUCAAGCGCACUGGCAUGCACCUGCCGUCAUCAUACUCGAUAAUCUGCAUCGCUUGCUGCCUGGCGAAGUAGAGCAUAUCGACUCAUUCAGGUCCUUGCACUAUGCUUCUGUCUUUCUGGCGGCGUUCGACGCCGCACUCAGGCGUCGGCCGAUCGUGCUCAUUGCCACUGCAGAUAGCUCGACGAGUCUGCACCCUCUCUUGCUGACUAGCCACUUGCUGGGCGAGAAGAUCAAUCUGCCGGCUCCGAAUAAGAUCGCUCGCAGAGAUCUGCUGCGAUCACUAGCAGAAGGCAAAGCAGUGUCUUCGGAUCUCAAUGUAAGCAGUCUGGACUAUGUGACGCUCUCGACAACGACAGACGGCUACUUACCGGCAGAUUUGAGAGACCUUGUCGAUCGAGCUGUCCAGCAAGCAGCCAUUCGAUCGGCCUCGUCGAAGGCGCCUGGUCUCAGUCUACUAGUCUCAGACUUUGAGACGGUGCAGAAGGACUUUGCGCCUCUGUCUUUGCGCGACGUCAAGUUGCACAAGUCGGAUGUCAAAUGGUCAGACAUUGGCGGCCUUUCAGAGACGCGCAGAGUUUUGCGAGAGACCCUCGAAUGGCCAACAAAGUAUGCUGCCAUAUUUGCGUCUUGCCCCCUUCGACUUCGCUCUGGCCUGCUCCUGUAUGGUUUCCCGGGUUGCGGCAAGACUUUGCUCGCUUCUGCCGUCGCACAGGAAUGCGGUCUCAAUUUUAUCAGCGUCAAAGGACCGGAGAUCCUCAAUAAGUACAUUGGCGCAAGCGAAAAGUCGGUGCGUGACUUGUUCGAACGAGCAUCGGCUGCGAAGCCUUGCGUACUCUUCUUCGACGAGUUUGAUUCGAUUGCACCCAAGAGGGGGCAUGACAGCACGGGCGUGACCGAUCGAGUCGUCAAUCAGAUGCUUACACAGAUGGACGGAGCAGAAGGUCUGGAUGGCGUCUACGUGCUCGCUGCGACCAGUCGACCUGAUCUUAUCGAUCCCGCCCUGCUUCGGCCUGGACGAUUGGACAAGUCAUUGUUGUGCGACAUGCCGACUUUUGGCGAAAGAGCGGAGAUCAUGCGAGCUUGUUCCCGCAAGAUCGAGAUGUCGCCCGAUGUCGACUUGUAUGAGCUUGCAGAAGCGACGGAAGGCUUUACGGGCGCAGAUCUACAAGCGCUCAUAUACAAUGCUCAUCUCGACUGCAUACAUGCUUCGAUUCCUGCUGUCAAUGCUGUCGAUAGCGAGAGCAAGACAGACGAAGGCGAGGAUGGAGUGAAGUACAUCACCUUUGGGCCUUCGAGAGCCUCAAAUGGCACGACUGUGCUGUCUCGGGCGGAAAAGGCUAAGGUCUCUCAGCGAUUAGAAGUGAUUAUGACCAAUCUCAAGACAGCAAAUGGCGGACAAGACCGACAGAUCAAGGCGAUCUCAGCACCGCAUAAGAACAUAGUCACGCAAGAUCACCUUCGCAAGUCUCUGCAAAGUACACGACCGUCUGUUCCACAAGAGGAGAUCUACCGCCUCAAGGCUAUGUGCGUUCCCAUUGCUAUCGGCAAUGACGCAAGCUAA